AUGUCAAUGGAGUCGAGCAUAACGGACGAUACCAGUGUCUUCGUAAUAGGGAACCCCCAAGGACCUCAAGUCGACACACCACUCCAAUUCUCCACCUUGCCCGGCUCCUCCUCCACCGUCCUACAGUGGGUCACCAUUUUCACCACCCCAGCAAACCAUCCGUUCGUCUCUCAGUCUCUCUUGGAAAGUGAUGUUUCCAUCAUUGGCCUUCCCUUCCCCGAAAACAUAGCUGGAAUUCCCUCAGCUGGAACCUCUAAUCAGCAACAAAUUUUGGCAUUCCAUGGCUGUGUCCCAAGAUGCCUUUGUAACCGGGGUUAUUCAGAACCAGAGUUAAAUGAUGAGCCAUUUGCUCUGAUCAGUUUCCCUUUGAUCAAACUCAAUUUGAGGCAAGAGGCACCUUUUAAUGAACGUAUACCAAAGAGUCCUUUCAUAGACUUGCUCGCAGGACAAGAAAUAGCAACAUCAAAUAGCUAUGGUUUGAUUUUGAACAGCUUCUAUGAGCUUGAAGGAGUGUACUUGGCCUACUGGAACCAUUAG